AUGAUGAUGAUGGUGACUGUGCGGCGCCGCGUGGUGUGCGACCUGCUGAUCCUCGCGCUCUUGUGCUGCUGCUGCUGCUUGCCCGUCUGCGGGACUGCUGUGCCGGUAAAAACCUUUGUGUUUGUGCAUUUUUCGUGUCCCGGGACUGACGGUAAGUUGAGUUGGCAUCUUCGAGGCGAAGAGGAAUGGAAAAAGUGCCCUAAGAAGCCUGGAGAAGUCGAUCAAGACAGUGAUGAGCGUGCACGGCUGUGCGUUGCCGGUGGGGACUUCUACAGAGCUUGGAGAAGGAGAGUAUUUUGCAGUCCUCCCAGUAACCAGGUAGAAUUUAUGUUUGAGAUAGAAUUUGCGACGUACGGGGGUUUAAGGAACAGCAGCUCGGCGACGGCAAUAAACAAUGAUCGGGAGGCCACUGAUGGCGCGCAACGGCUUCAGUCGCAGCCGCGGAAUGGAACAGCGGCCCCGGCAGCUACGGCGGCUGCAUCGACAACGGCGGUUGUUGACCAGGCACAGGGCGGUCUCGUCACUCCGCCGAGGGAGGCAGCUGAGGCACCGCAGAAGAAGUCGCCUGACCACACAGCCGAGGACGGCUUUGCCCCAAGUUCGAGCGAAAACAUCACCGUCAAGGAGGAGUCGCCUAAGCAAACAGCCGAAGGCGGCUCUUAUCCAAUGCUAAGCGAAAACGUCACCGUCAAGGAGAAGUUGCCUGACCAAACAGCUGAGGACGGCUCUGCCUCAAGGCCGAGCGAAAACUUCACCGUCAGCCCGCUGACAUCCGCAGAAGGGGCAGCCAAUGAAACUUCCCACAACAGUAAUGAGGGUGACAGCCAAUCCGACGCCAGUGGCGAAGGCAACAGCACCGUUACCGGCACGAAUCCGCUCCGACCGACCAGAGACGAAAGUGCAAACGAAAGUACAGAAGAUAUCGCCGCUUUGUUGCCGACUUUCAGUCCGGACGGCAGCGACGUCACCACUGUGUGGGUGCGCACGCCCCUGCUGCUGCUCGUCAUCGCCCUUGUCUGUGCUGCUGUGCGGUGA